CAUUUGGAUGAUUUGGAGGCAAGAAAACAAAACAAUAAUUUCAGUUCGCCUGCAUGACUGAAGUUAUCUGUCGAUACGAACCAUCCCGAGAGAGUUACAGACGUGUGUAUUUAAGCGUAUGGAGACGGUGACACGGCUGUGACCUCAUGGAGAGCAAAGCGCCUGUUGUGCUGAACGCGGUUCCUCCUUACGGACAUGUUAUUGCCAGCGAGAGAUGGAGAAACUCAUCCCUCAUUCAAAGCUUAAAGGAUGGAGGAGUGAAAAUCCUCUUUGAGAAUGAGCUCGGUGUUGCAGAUUUCCUCCUGCCCAACAAAAGCUGCAUCCUGUACGUAUCUGAGUGUGACAUCAUAGCGGGAAACAGCUUCAAGAGGAAACUGGUCCGCUACAGAAAUAGGAGCAGUAGUUUCCAGGAGCUGGUGCUGGUGGAGAACACCAGACUCAGUGAGCAGUACUUCUCAGCUGUGCAGAAGUUUGUGGUGUUCGACCUCGGCUUGACUUUGCUGCCUGUCAGCGGGCAGACUGAGGCCUCGCAGCUCAUCUUGCAGUUUGUUCACGGGGAGGGCAGAGAGAACCCCUUUAGGAGGAGAACUUCGUCUCGGCUGUUGGACCUGCUGGUGCUGGCUCUGGUGCAGCAUGUCCCCGGGGUCGGCAGGGUCAAAGCUGUGGCCCUCCUGCAGCAGUUCUCUAACAUCCAGCAGCUCUGCAACGCCACCCCCGCUGAGCUGGAGCCCAUUGUGGGUCAGGCUGCAGCUCAGCAGAUCCACAGUUUCUUUCACAAAGUCACGGCUGCUGGAACCUGAGGGCGCCGCUCUGUGUCUGGGAGGUCUGGAUACUCUGGCUGGACACCAGCUACAGACUUUUAAGAAACAACAUCUGUUUACUGCUGUCUGUGUGGACGGACACAUUUCUGAGAUAUUUCAGUCCGGACCUAUGUAGAGGAUCAACACUCAUGGGCAUCCACAGAGCCCAUGCAGUUAGUUUUAGUUUAGUUUUGCACUUUUGCAUCCACAAUAAACAAAUAUCAGUCAUUUGUAGCAUCAGUUAUUUUUAAAAAUUAUUUUGUGUUUAAGUUCUUGCUUUUGUUUAAUAGAUUUAAACCCUUUGUCACUGCUCACCCAAACCUCUGGAUCUCCCUCCCUCCAAACAUCCAUCACUCUGACUCACUCCACUCUGGGGGAACUGUCAUGUCAAUCAUCUUUAUAUGCAGUCUGUGGUUGUGGCCCAGUUUUGCAGACAGUGGGAUUGGCAGUUCCUAGCAUCUAGCGACUAUCUGCGGCAUUCUGCGACACACACACACACACACACACACACACACACACACACACACACACACACACACACACUCCCUGUAAUACAUUAAAAGGAACA